UGCAAGAGAGAGGUAUAGAGGGAAAAAAAGAGGGAGAAAUGAGAACGAGGAGAUGGUAAAAUGAUCUCAAACUCCGACCCUGUCGAACCACUCACUGCGGCCGCGGCCACCUCCGCGGUCGCGGUAACCGCUUCGUCUUCCGCUGAAGGUCAGCCUGCACCGCCGGCGACGCCAAACAUUGUGAUGUCCUCCAAGGAUCACGAUUCUCUCUUCAGCGGUGGCGGCAUCAGAUUAUUUUUGUCUAGCUUUCUCUCUGGAAGUCGAAGUGGAAGGUUCAGCUAUGGAUAUUCCAGUUUCAAGGGUAAAAGGUCAUCAAUGGAGGAUUUCUUUGAGACCACCAUAUCAGAGGUCGAUGGUCAGAUGGUUGCGUUUUUUGGUGUUUUUGAUGGUCAUGGAGGUUCCCGGACUGCAGAAUAUUUGAAAAAUAAUCUAUUUAAGAAUUUGAGUAGCCAUCCUGACUUUAUCAAAGACACAAAGACUGCUAUAGUAGAAGCAUUUAAACAGACAGAUAUCGACUACCUCAAUGAGGAAAAGGGUCAUCAAAGAGAUGCUGGGUCAACUGCAUCAACAGCUAUGUUGUUGGGGGACCGAAUUGUUGUUGCAAAUGUUGGUGAUUCCAGAGUAGUUGCAAGUAGAGCUGGUUCAGCUAUUCCUUUGUCUAUUGAUCACAAGCCCGAUAGAUCUGAUGAACGUCAAAGGAUUGAAAAGGCUGGGGGAUUUAUAAUCUGGGCUGGAACAUGGAGGGUUGGUGGUGUUCUUGCUGUGUCCCGUGCAUUUGGCGACAAACUUCUUAAGCCUUAUGUUGUUGCUGACCCUGAAAUUCAGGAGGAAGAAAUUGACGGUGUAGAUUUUAUUAUAAUUGCUAGUGAUGGCCUUUGGAAUGUCAUAUCAAACAAGGAGGCGGUGUCGUUAGUACAAAAUAUCACAGAUGCAGAAGUGGCAUCCAGAGAACUCAUAAAAGAAGCUUAUGCAAGGGGAAGCUCUGAUAACAUCACUAGUGUUGUUGUUCGAUUUGAUAUAUCCUGAUAUGCUUGUACUCUUAUACUUUAGGUAUCUCUCAUUUCUAACUACUGAAAUUCUGACCGUAGAAAUCAUAAAUGGGUGUGAAUGUGUACUAUCUUGUUUUCUAACGAAUUGCUUUAUUAAUUAUUUUCA